AUCUAUCCUUUUACGGCAAGAGUGCAGCACUUGAAAACCAUGGAGUGGAAAAUACUUCCCAUUUACCUGUUGCUGCUGCUUUCUGUUUUCUUGAUUCAGCAAGUUUCCUCUCAAGAUUUAUCAAGCUGUGCAGGGAGAUGUGGGGAAGGGUAUUCUAGAGAUGCCACCUGCAACUGUGAUUAUAACUGUCAACUCUACAUGGAGUGCUGCCCUGAUUUCAAGAGAGUCUGCACUGUGGACCUUUCCUGUAAAGGCCGCUGCUUUGAGUCUUUUGCCCGAGGGAGGGAGUGUGACUGUGACUCCCAAUGUAAGGAGUAUGGCAAGUGCUGUCCUGAUUAUGAGAGCUUCUGUGCAGAAGUGCAUAAUCCCACACCACCAUCUUCAAAGGCUGCACGUUCACCUCCAGGAGCAUCUCAAAUCAUCAAAUCAACAUCCAAACGUUCACCCAAAUCACCAGACAAGAAGAAGACUAAGAAAGUUGUAGAAUCAGAGGAAAUAACAGAAGAACAUUCUGUUUCUGAAAAUCAAGAGUCCUCCUCCUCCUCCUCCUCCUCUUCUUCCUCUUCAACUAUUCGGAAAAUCAAGUCUUCCAAAAAUUCAGCCGCUAAUAAAGAAUUACAGAAGAAACCCAAAGAAAAAGGUAACAAGAAGAAAAGAACUCCUAAAAAGAAGCCUACCCCCAAACCACCUGUUACAGAUGAAGCUGGAAGUGGACUAGACAGUGGUGAUGUCAAGCUCACCCCAGCUCCUGCCAUUCCUACCACCCAAAGCAAUAAAGUUACCACAUCUCCCAAGAUUACAACAGCAAAACCAAAAGAUCCUAAACCCAGCCUUCCACCUAAUUCUGAUACAUCUAAAGAGACAACUUUGACAGCCAAUAAGGAGACAAUAGUCAAAACCAAAGAGACUAGUAAAACAAAUAAACAGACCUCAACUAGUGAAAAAGAGAAGACUACUUCUAAGGAGACCCGAGGUGCAGAGAAAACAGCUGGUAAAGAUUUAGCACCCACAUCUGAAGUGCCUACUAAACCUAUACCCAAAGCUGAAACUACAACCAAAGCUCCUGCUCCAACUACCACCAAGGAGCCUGCACCCACCACCACCAAGGAACCAGCAUCAACCACCACCACCACCAAGGAGCCUGCACCCUCCACAACCAAGGAACCAGCUCCUACCACCCCCGAGGAGCCUAAACCCACCACCCCCAGGGAGCCUGCCCCCACACCUGAGGAGCCUGUCCCCACUACAACCGAGGAAUCAGGUCCUACCACCCCCAGGGAGCCUGCACCCACCACAACCAAGGAACCAGCUCCCACCACCCCCAAGGAGCCUAAACCCACCACACCCAAGGAGCCUGUCCCCACUACAACCAAGGAACCAGAUCCUACCAUCCCCAGGGAGCCUGCACCCAUCACAACCAAGGAACCAGCUCCUACCACCACUAAGAGACCUGCACCCACCACCCCUGAGGAGCCUGCACCCACCACCCCCGAGGAUCCUGAACCUACCACCAAGGCACAGGCUCCUACUACCACCAAGGAACCCACUCCCACCAAAGAACUGGCACCCACUACCACCUCGGAGCCUGCACCCACUACAACCAAGAAGCCUGCUCCAACUACUACCAAAGAACCAGCUCCCAUGAUCCCCAAGGAACCCACUCCCAUGAUGCCAGAGGAGCCUGCACCCACCCCCCCCAAGAAGCCUAGUCCAACUACUUCUGAGACACCUGCUCCCACCACCGCAGAGGCCUCUACUCCAACUACCACCACGCAGUCUCCCACUACUCCCAAGAUCCCUGCUGAAUCAACUCCUGAGUUUUCUGCAGAACCCACACCAAAGGCUCUUGAAAACAGUCCCAAGGAACCUGCUGUCCCUACAACUAAGACUUCUGAAGUGACUAAACCUGAAAUGACUACAACAGCUAAAGACAAGACAACAGCAAAAGACAUCCAUACCACACCUGAAAUCACGACUGCUGCACCUAAGAUUACAACAAAAGAGACAGCAACUACAACAGAAGAGAAGACAGCUGAAUCCAAAUUAACAAGUAUAACCACGCAAGUGACAUCGACAACUCAAGAGACCACAUCCCUGAAAAUUACUACUCUUAAAGCAACAACUCUUGCACCCAAAGCAACUACUACAACAAAAAAGACAACUACUACAACUGAAGAGACUAUGAACAAACCUGAGGAAACAGCGAAACCAAAAGAUACAGCUACUAAUUCUAAAGUGACAACUCCUAAACCCCCAAAGCCAACCAAAGCACCCAAAAAGCCCCCUCCUACCAGAAAGCCAAAAACAACACCUAGAGUGAGAAAACCAAAGACGACGCCAACUCCCCCAAAGAUGACAACAGUACCUGAAUUGAAUCCUACCUCUGUUGAAACUAUGUUCCAAACCACCACCAGCCCUAAACCAACUCCAAACUCAGGAAGAGUGGAAGAAAAUCCAAAGAAUGCAGAUGCAGACGGUGCUGAAGGAGAAAAACCUCACAUGAUUCUCAGGCCCCCUGUGUUACCUCCUAUAGUUAUUCCAGGCAUGGAUUACUUAGUGCGCCAAGGCAUUGGCAUCAACCCCAUUCUUUCAGAUGAGACCAACUUAUGCAAUGGUAAGCCAGUAGAUGGACUGACUACUUUGCACAAUGGAACAUUAGUUGCAUUCCGAGGUCAUUAUUUCUGGAAGCUAAAUCCAUUCAGUCCACCAUCUCCAGCUCGCAGAAUUACCGAAGUCUGGGGUAUUCCUUCCCCCAUUGAUACUGUUUUUACUAGAUGCAACUGUGAAGGAAAAACUUUCUUCUUUAAGGAUUCUCAGUACUGGCGCUUCACCAAUGACAUAAAAGAUGCAGGGUAUCCCAAACAAAUUGUAAAAGGAUUUGGAGGACUAAAUGGAAAAAUAGUGGCGGCUCUUUCAAUAGCUAAAUACAAAAACAGGCCCGAAUCUGUAUACUUUUUCAAGAGAGGUGGCAGCAUUCAGCAGUAUACUUAUAAACAAGAGCCUGUCAGUAAGUGCACUGGAAGAAGGCCUGCUUUAAAUUAUCCAGUGUAUGGAGAAACAACACAGGUUAGAAGACGUCGUUUUGAACGGGCUAUAGGACACGCUCAAACACAUACCAUCAGAAUUCACUAUUCACCUGUCAGAGUUGUUUAUCAAGACAAAGGUUUCCUUCAUAAUGAAGUUAAAGUGAGUACACUGUGGAGAGGGUUUCCAAGUAUGGUUACCUCAGCUAUAUCACUUCCCAACAUCAGAAAACCUGAUGGCUACGAUUACUAUGCCCUUUCUAAGGAUCAAUACUAUAACAUCGAUGUGCCAAGUAGAACAGCAAGAGCAAUUACUACUCGUUCUGGGCAGACCCUAUCCAAAGUCUGGUACAACUGCCCUUAGACUGAUGGGCAAAGAAGAGUCAACUAAUUAAAAUGAAGAAAAGAAUGAUACAUUUUGACACUGAAACACAUUUUAUUAAUAAAGAAUGUUGAGAUGAGCAUACUAAUUUAAAUAUAAAAAUGUUUUUAAACGUGACAAUCAUUACACUAAAACAGAUUUGACAAUC